CUCUCUCAAUUCGGCGGGAAAACAACAAAGAGUUUCGAUGGCUCCUUCGUCUCCGACGCCGACGACCUUCGUGCAAGCAGACGCCACCACCUUCAGAGAAUUGGUCCAGAAGUUGACCGGCGCAGCCGGGGGCUCCGACGGAAAAACCCUGCCACCCCUCCCAGCGAGGCUUUCGUCAAGACCCGGCAACACCCACGGGGCCACCGCAAUUCGCCGGUCACCCUUCAAGCUCCAGGAGCGGAGAAGCACCAUGAGGAAGCUCGAGAUCAAGCUUGGGCUCACUUCCCUCCGCGACUCGCCCACGAAUCAGAGCCCCGUGACCCCGCUCGGCUGCGACGCCGUGUUCUCCCCCCGACUCGGCUGCGGAUUAAUGGAGUCUCCGUCGCCGCCGCCUCAGGCGGUGUUGGAGGAGGAGAAGGCCAUUGUGGAGAAGCAGUUUUACCUGCACCCGUCCCCGCUGAGUGCGCCGAGGAUUUCGAGGCAGCCAGAGCUGUUGACUUUGUUUCCGUUGACCUCCGAGAGACUGCAGCCCCUCGGGUCCUCUAAGAUUGGCUCUUAACAGUAUGAUCUGAUUUUUGGCCUUUUGUUUUUAUUGAAAAUUUGAUUUUUAUUUUUAUUUAUAAUAUUAUAUAAGUGAUGACU